CAUGCACUAGAGCGGAAUAAUUUCUCAAGCCUAAUCAUAUCCGUAUUAUUGCUGUACCCAUGUCUCGGCGGCCCCACAAGAAGUCCAAAAAUGGCUGUCUCGAAUGCAAGAGGCGGCACAUCAAGUGUGACGAGCGUCAGCCAAUAUGCGCCAACUGCGGUGCCUCAGAGAUGCGAUGUUCAUACCUGAGCAGAGACUCGCCGUACAUAGUCCCAGCUUUCUCCAAGGGCCAUUCCGAUAUCGCAUCAUCAAGCACUAUCUCGGCUGGUCCCCCAACGCCGGCUUCAACAUCGGCCUCCACACCACGGCCUGAACAAAUCAUCAGCAACCCCCAAACACCUGACCCGUACAGCGUAAACGCCAUUCAUUUCGAACUAUUCAACAAUCUUUUCAGCCAGGAAUUUCUCCAGGUCGAGAACUCAGUGCACCCUGAUAUCAUACCAAUCAGAAUCUACACGAAACAUGCUCUUACAACACCGUAUCUCAUGCACCAGAUGCUCGCAGUAUCAGCCUUGCAUCUAAGUACUGUGGCCACCAAGUCUCGUAACUUUUACCGGGAAUAUGCUACAGGCUUGCAAAACCGUGCUCUGGCCCUUCUCAACGAGAGCAAUCCGGUCCUGGAAGUGACUCCGAAGAACUGCAUUCCCAUGUUCCUAUUCUCCACAUUAGCUGGCGGCCAACCACUGUGCGACACAUUUCAUUAUCAAAGAGACGAUCUCGACGGCUUCAUCGAUCAAUUCGCGCACUGCCUGAGUGUUUUUCGGGGUGUGAUAGCAGUCAUAGACCGAUGCCGCCAUUUACUAGAUGAGACUGAGCUGGGAAGCAUUCUUGACGCCCAAUCGAUCAUGCAACCAACAGGUGAAAGCGGCUCAGAAUGCGACAUACUCUGGGAUCUAGUAAAUGCGGCGGAUAUAACGACAGCCACACGAGAUAUAUAUCGAGACUUGGUAGCGUGUCUUCAGCGGGUCUUCGAUGCGCAACGUGCAGCAGGAGAAAGAUUUCGGCUGCCUGCGAUCCUUGCCUGGCUGAUACUCACUUCGCCCGACUACAUAGAAUUCCUGCGCCAGCGGCAACCGGAAGCCCUUAUAAUCCUUGCCCAUUAUGCUGUGCUAUUACAUCGCGGCCGGGAUUUGUGGAUCAUCGGCGGAGGUGGUCGGUUUCUGCUCGAGUCUAUUUGUGGAAGCCUAGGCUCCGAGUGGCAGAAAUGGUUGACGUUUCCCAAAGCGGCACUUUCAGAUAGCUUGGCCGCUGUUGUCGCCUGUUAGAUGUAUUCGGGGAUGAAAGAGAGAUUAUGAGUAGGAGACAAGUAGAAGAGCUUGUAGCAGCUAAGAAAAACAGUAUAUUAAUGAUAU